AUGCUCCUCUAUCUGUCAUCUGAAGCAAGCUCUGGUGGAUUAGGUGUUCAUUCGGAGUAUGCAAGUGUCGGUGUGCUGGAGAACUGGCAGCGCCCAACCUUUCGAGUCGAGACUGAUCGAUCAACGCACUUCCAGCUUGGACGCAUUCCUACUACUGCUAUCAUUGACCCAUCACUGCUAAAGCCCGCGCUACUUCCUACAUCCUCUGGCCCUGCGCAACCUGUAAGAUUUCGAGCUUGCGCAACGUGGCUGAUAGCAGGCCCGUCGAUCGCUGGAUAUCCCGCAGAUAGACUCCCGUUCUUCACCGUGUCGACGCCAGUGGCUGGUCCUCCGGAUCGCUACAAAUUCCCAGACUCGCAGAGCCCAUCUUCUCCUCGCACUAGACUCUCCCUCUACCCACGUCCCCUCUGCCUGACCAAUGUCCUUCCCCCCAUGUCAAGACCUCCGUCUGCAACUGAAAAUACCUGUGCGGGAUCCCUGGUGACACCUGAUGCCUCCAUCCGCCGUGAUUGCCCCAGCGGCUCCGAGCUAUCACGGUUCAACCGAGGACGCCACCAUACCCAUCUCCCGUGCGUGCUUCAGGAUGCCGCGGAUUGUCAAGCACCGCCUGCUGCGGAUUUUUCUCUUAAGAGGUUCCCGACGCUUCCUCUCGAGGCUUUGUCUGGCCGCCAGUCGCUGUACGCUCCGCAGCUGUCAGAGAGGGAUAGCAUCUUCGCAACGCACUAUCUGCCGUCGGACACUGAUACCACGACUUCACAGCUUCCUCCUGUGGAGAGCGUGGACAAUCCCCAACAGGUCAACUUGCUCUCCAAUCUUGAAGAUGCCCCUGCUUCUGCCUCUGGCCCUCCGACCCCCAAGGCUCUCUCUCGCACCAGCUCUGCUACCGACUCAUCCUCGCCCAUGAAGCUUGACGCCUGCGCAGCCCGUCCCUUUCUUCCGCCCUCGCUUCCUGCAUCUCCGGGCGCCAGAAAGUCAUCCUCCUUGCCCCUUGCUCCCUCCCAUGCGGGUUGGGAAGCCCAGCAUCAGACUGACAUACAUUCACAGACCCAGGUCCAGGAGCAUUUCCAGCCCCGUCGUGAGUCUGUCUUGGAUGAGACAGGGGAUUCCCUCGCCGAUCGGAACCGUCAUUUCUCCCGUCUGAGUGAUACCGCCUCUGCCUCAUCCCGCCAGUCGUUGAUUUCUCAGUUCCGUCACGAAACCCCGGCGUCCGAUCGUGAACCGAUACCGGACAGACUGCAUGGAGUAUCCGCUCGAGAUGGUACCAAUAAUGGCGCGAGAUUUGAACGGAGUAAGAGUCGUCGGGGAAGGGUCGAGAACUCGAUCGAGGCGAACCUGACAAACGCAGAGCCAGCAUCACACGUCCGCAGUCGAAAAUCCAGUCAUUACUUGGGGUUGUUCAAGGAGAAUACCACCUCUCCGGAACGCAGGAAGAGAGAGGAUCGCGGUUGGAAACACGAAGAGCCAUCCGGACUGCAUAACAGGCACCCCGCAAAGUCCUUUGGGUCCGAGUAUUUUGAUCGAAAGUAUCCGCUGUUUCCCCCUCCAUCAAUGGAAGAAUCUGUCCCUCACACCUCGAAGAACCAUUCACAUCUUUCCUCACUUAACUCUCCCUCGUUGAACUUGGACUCUGAGCGCGAGGUGCAUCAACAGCCUCGAUCUGCAGAUAAUGCCGAGAGUCACUACAAAGUGUUACCGCACAGCCUACUCGAGGAAAUAAGAAAUUUUCACUUAACAACGGGCGGAGCUCGCCGCUCUUCGUUCUCUAAAAGUAUCCCAACCCAGUUCGUAGAAAGUGGUCAAGAAUACGCCAGAAGCGAGGGUACUCCUAACCAACUUUCCCCGCCACCCGAUGCGCUGGAACAGCGUUCGCGCCGGGGAUCAGAACAAUUUGAAGAUGAGGAGGAGGAAAAUGAACAGAUAUCAUCUGCCCUAUAUUUCCCUCACGAACGUGUUACCGUUCCCGGUGAAGUCGAUCAGUUUCGGGACUUUACAGAUACCCAGGAUGAAGCGCAAUCUUCAAAAGCAUCCGUGGGAGAUGAUAAUGUAUUGACACCAAAGGUGCAUGCGAUUUCCGACGGGGAGGAAGUCAGCCAUGUCGACAUCUCCCUCCGAUCAAAGAAUGACAGCAGAAUCCUCCAUGGUGACUUGCAAGAGUUGAAUAGUCAAUUGGAAGGCGUUAGUGAACGACCUUUGCCUCCUGCUUCCGAACGCAGCUACGAUUCGGCAUACGAAUCUGAGCCGGCAUCCGCCGAAGACAGUGGUUUGUCGGCCCGGGAAGAGGAGUCCAGUUUGACUGACGAUGCCGGAGUGACUCCCACUGCUACGCCAACCCAGUCUUUCCUACGACCGCGGCGCAAGCAUCGCUCCACCGCUCCUGUUGGAGCUGUGGAGCUGAAGCCCUAUCGCCAUCAGGUCGGUGGGCACACGACGGUCUUUCGGUUCUCGAGGCGGGCCGUCUGCAAGCAACUUAAUAAUAGGGAAAAUGAAUUCUACGAGCGCAUCGAACGCAGACAUCCUGAGAUGUUGAUGUUCCUGGCAAGAUAUAUUGGCGUUUUAAAUGUGACAUUUUCCAAGAUACCAAAGCGCAAGACGCAGACGGAAGGCAAAUCUGAACAGACUGAUACCGAGAGUGCGCUUGAAGGCAUCAACGAUGAGAAGUCCUCAGGUCACGCAUCUGCCACUAAAUCUCAGUCGCCUGGAGGUGAAGACACACCGAGAAUAUUCAGUCAGAAACAGGUUACCGGGGUCAUUCCAAAAGUGAUCCUGGAAAAUAAUCGGCAUAUUAUUCCGGUUGACCUUUUCCACCCAAGGCCGUGGACCGCAGACAGUGCAGCGCUGUCCACAAACCAUCAUGGAUUGAUGAAGAAUCAAUCGCUGCAUAGUAAUUCGGCAGAUGAUAUUCUUGUCUCCCCUACUCCUAAGAGGCAGAUUAAAAGCUGGGGGGCCACUACGGUAAACAGGAGGCUGCAGGAGCAGGUCCUCCGAGAAGUUUUCACUCCCCCUGCCAUCCACCGCCACCGGCGGCAUGCCCGGGGCCACCUUCAGUUGCCAAGGAUGUCUUCCGAUGUCAGCCGUCGCAGAGCCAAUCUCUCCGAGGAUCAAACCUCAAGCAGCCGCCGGAGUGUUCCCGGAGACAGUGAAAUCCCUGGAAGCACUGCGAUCAACAUUACCGCCCAUGGCAGGGAGAGAACGGGUUUGUCGUCGUCUGCCUCCACUGCGUUGGAAGUCAACCACAAUCACCUGGAGAGGAUCCGGACCGAUCAACCGCAGCCUCCUUCAAGCUGGCUCUCUCGUGACAGGAGAGUCCGACGCCGCCAUUCAGGGGGUGGCCUACAGAGACAGCGUAGCAUCGAUUCGGGGGAAGGCAAUCUUGUUUUCGUGGAAGAUGACGGUUACAGAGGAGAUGGAGAAGACGAGAUCUUCACGAUGGAUAGGGAUCCUCCAUCUACUACUGGAUCCCGGUCACCAAAAACCUCUGGCUCCGAUUCCCAGUUAGCCACGUCGCUCCCUUCACAACCACCGAGAUCACCCCCCACUGUCGGUUAUAACCACCAUCAACUCCCCCAAUUACCAAGUAACCCCAAGGAGGCUCAGACUAGAAAGGAUGAGAGGGUUCAGUUUUUCCUGCUGUUAGAGGAUCUCACUGCUGGCAUGAACCGGCCUUGCGUUCUGGAUUUGAAAAUGGGCACACGCCAAUAUGGCAUCGAAGCUGACGAGAAGAAGAAGAAGUCUCAAAGGCGAAAGUGUCAGACGACUACAUCCCAACAGCUCGGUGUCCGACUAUGUGGCAUGCAGACCUGGAAUGUCAAAAAGCAAGAGUACCUCUUUGAAGACAAGUACUUUGGACGGGACUUAAAGUCGGGUCGCGAAUUUCAGGACGCCCUCACACGGUUUCUCUAUGACGGUAUCAACUAUGCCAGCGUGUCGAAGAAAAUUCCUAUCAUCCUGGAGAAGUUGGUUAUGUUGGAGAGCAUGGUUAGAAAGCUCAAAAGGUAUCGCUUUUAUGCCAGUAGUCUCUUGAUCCUAUAUGAUGGUGAACAGUCAACUCCCGAAGAAAGCACGACGACAGGAACUCAUCCUGAGCGUGAGAAUAAGUACCGCGGUCAUUCCAGCGACCAUGGGCGUAAUAACACAGAUGUUCAGUUGAAGAUAGUUGACUUCGCAAACUGUGUCACUGGGGAAGACCCCUUGCCGCCCAAUGCUCCUUGUCCCCCCCAUCAUCCAAAUGAUAUUGACCGUGGAUAUCUCCGAGGUCUGCGAACAUUGCGAAUGUACUUUCAACGUAUUCUCAAGGAGAUCAGCCAGGAAGAUUACGUUGAAAGAGGGGAGGUAGAAGCUAUGGCUAUCUCCUCUAGAGGCGCCGACCCUGAAAUCGCCUCCGAGGGAUACUGGGACGAGGGAGUGAUCGAAAGUGACCCUGGCGAAGUCAGCACCUGAUUCCCGAGCAGACAUCUUACCCUUUCUUUUUUUUUUUUUGUUUCUUUUCUCUUCCCUUCUUUUCUGCGCUAUUUAGCGACAAAAAAGCAUCUGGGUAUAGAUCUCCUUAUGUUGGGUGUCAGGCUUUCACAAACAUGUUUUUUCAUUUAAACAGCAUUCUCAUUGAGCAUCCUUAUUGCUGGUCGGUGCCAAGCUUCCAUUUCGCCGUCCAGGGUGCUCAGUAUUGAUACCCCUGUUAAUACCCAUUCUUUCUCUUUUCUGCAAAAUGGUUUAUUUUCCGAACGAAAUGUCUGUUGCUGUCAACGACAUUACGACUAGAAUGUGUUUCCGGAACGAGAUCGGACAUAGACGCUGCAGGCUCGUCCGGACUGUCUGUUUCUUUGAACAAGCUCAUGCCUGGAUGCAUGGCACCGUGACGUUUUCAUUAGGGGGCGAUUUGGCUCUCUGACUGCAUGUCUGUGUAUUAGAUUGUUACCUGCCUUGUCCCCCGUCUUUGUCUUUUUUCCCUUCUCGGACCUGUCUUAUUGAUUAUACCUGGAAGCUGUCCGAUUCCCUGCUUUUCUCUUUCUCGAGGCCAUGCUUGUAUUUGUACAUAACAUAGUGAGGUUCAGAAUUCAGGCAUAAAUGCGUUUAGUCCAACUGGUGUUUACUCCGUGUCUUUACCGUCUAGUCCGGAGAUAUCGACGCUCUCCUUCGCGACACGACACAUAUAACAUUCAUCUUGGGUCCAUGUGCGCCCAAUGUCGCUGAGCUCGAUCAGCGAUUGUUCGGUUUCUGCUUGCUCAGAAAGGGUUGAUCCCGACGUCCAGGAAGACUUUGGUCGGAGUCCGAUGUCAUAUGCAGCAGAGAAUGGACAUGAAAAAAAUCGUGAAGAUACUGCUUUCUACACCCAGGGUGGAUCCAACUUUGGUGUGACACUAAAAGCCGGGUUCCUAUUUGGGUUGCUG